GAAAGCGAUUUUGGCCGAGGUUCCCACAGUACGCAUGCGCCGGUCCAGUUCGGCCAACCCUGGGUUUGAAUUUUCUCGGAGAAAGACAGGCCGGCCACCAGGAAAAAAGAAACGAGCCGCAUCAACAUCUAAGCCCUUGAAAGGAUCCUGAGCGGGGGGAAAGGGAAACGGCAGCCACCAGCCCAACCACUUGUGUCUUCUGCCCCUUCCCACCUAUCCGUGCCCACCCCACCAGCCCACGCUGCUUGGGACUUGAAAUCUGUGGCCGAAGGACCGUCACCACAUAACUUCAAAAAUAAUCAACCACCCUCCCUCCCCAAACCCACCCAAGUCCACUUAUCCAGCGUUUAUCUAUUUUUUUAAUCAACUCAGAACUUUUUUUACGACCCCCCCUCCCUAAAUGGAGUUGGGUGGGGGGGGGAUGAAUGCUGAGUUGGCCUUUGUUUUUUUUAAGAGACUUUUUGAUCCAAUGAGGCCCCCCAAAUAGAGUUUUGGGUUCUGGUUGGUGGUUUUAUUUUUUUUCUCCAAAAUUUUAACCCCCUUCCCCCUGAGCCCGAGGUGCUGACGUCGCAAAAAAAUUGGAUAAAACUUGGAUCAUGGGUUCGGGUCCCAUAGACCCCAAAGAGCUUCUCAAGGGCCUGGACAGCUUCCUUAACCGAGAUGGGGAAGUCAAGAGUGUGGACGGGAUUUCCAAGAUCUUCAGCCUGAUGAAGGAGGCACGGAAGAUGGUGAGUCGGUGCACUUACUUGAACAUUCUCCUGCAGACCCAGUCAUCAGAAGUAUUGGUCAAGUUUAUUGAUGUUGGUGGCUACAAGCUUCUUAACAAUUGGUUGACAUAUUCAAAGACAACCAACAACAUUCCCCUGCUGCAGCAAAUUCUGUUGACCUUACAGCACCUACCACUCACCGUGGACCAUCUCAAGCAGAACAACACAGCCAAAUUGGUGAAGCAACUGAGCAAGUCAAGUGAGGAUGAAGAGCUCCGGAAGUUGGCCUCCGUCCUCGUCAGCGACUGGAUGGCUGUCAUCCGCUCCCAGAGCAGUGCCCAGCCUGCUGAGAAAGAUAAGAAAAAGCGAAAAGAAGAGGGAAAAGGUCGAGCCACACCCCCUGAGCGACCUCUAACUGAGGUGAAGGCUGAGCCCCGGGCUGAGGAAGCCCCGGAGAAGAAGAAGGAGAAGCCUAAGUCUCUUCGAACUACGGCACCCAGUCACGCCAAGUUCCGCUCCACUGGAUUAGAGAUGGAGACCCCAUCUUUGGUGCCCGUGAAGAAGAACGCCAGUGCAGUGAUGGUUUCUGACAAAUACAACCUUAAGCCCAUUCCCCUCAAGCGUCAGAGCUCAGCAGCUGCCCCAGGAGACACUGCGCCCCAUGCAGAGAAGAAGUACAAGCCACUCAACACAACACCCAAUGCUACCAAAGAGAUCAAAGUGAAGAUCAUCCCGCCACAGCCUAUGGAGGGCCUUGGCUUCCUGGAUGCGCUCAACUCCGCCCCUGUCCCAGGCAUCAAAAUUAAGAAGAAGAAGAAGGUGCUGUCGCCUACAGCUGCCAAGCCAAGCCCAUUUGAAGGGAAAACAAGCACAGAGCCAAGCACAGCCAAACCUUCUUCCCCAGAGCCAGCACCUCCUGAGGCUAUGGACACAGACCGUCCAGGGACCCCAGUGCCCCCUGUGGAGGUCCCAGAGCUCCUGGAUGCAGGCUCUUUGGAGCCGGGAGCUCUGGACGCCAAACCGGUGGAGAGCCCUGGGGAGCCCGGCCAGCUGACGCGCAGAGGCAGGAAGAGGAAGACGGUGACGUGGCCUGAGGAGGGCAAGCUGAGGGAGUACUUCUACUUCGAACUGGAUGAGACCGAGCGAGUAAAUGUGAAUAAGAUCAAGGACUUUGGCGAGGCUGCUAAGCGAGAGAUACUGUCAGACAGACAUGCAUUUGAGACGGCCCGGCGUCUGAGCCAUGACAACAUGGAGGAGAAGGUGCCAUGGGUGUGCCCCCGGCCCCUGGUUCUGCCCUCACCUCUUGUCACCCCUGGAAGCAACAGCCAGGAACGGUACAUCCAGGCUGAGCGGGAGAAAGGAAUCCUUCAGGAGCUCUUCCUGAACAAGGAAAGCCCUCACGAGCCAGACCCUGAACCCUACGAGCCUGUGCCCCCGAAGCUCAUCCCUUUGGACGAGGAAUGUUCCAUGGAUGAGACUCCAUAUGUUGAGACCCUGGAGCCUGGGGAGGCCGGUGGCUCACCUGAUGGGGCAGGUGGCUCCAAGUUGCCUCCUGUUCUGGCCAAUCUUAUGGGAAGCAUGGGUGCUGGGAAGAGCCCCCAGGGUCCUGGAGGAGGAGGCAUCAAUGUCCAGGAGAUCCUCACCUCCAUCAUGGGUAGCCCAAAUAGUCACCCCUCAGAGGAACUGCUGAAGCAACCAGACUACUCAGACAAGAUCAAGCAGAUGCUGGUACCACAUGGACUCUUAGGCCCCGGCCCAAUGGCCAAUGGUUUCCCACAAGGAGGCCCUGGGGUCCCCAAGGGAUUGCAGCACUUCCCCCCUGGCCCUGGGGGACCUAUGCCAGGUCCCCAUGGAGGCCCUGGAGGCCCUGGGGGGCCAGUGGGUCCACGUCUCCUGGGUCCACCCCCCCCUCCCCGGGGUGGUGAUCCCUUCUGGGAUGGCCCUGCUGACCCCAUGCGGGGUGGCCCGAUGCGGGGCGGGCCUGGACCUGGACCUGGACCUGGACCUGGACCAUACCAUAGAGGUCGUGGUGGUCGAGGGGGCAAUGAACCUCCUCCCCCUCCUCCUCCAUUUCGAGGGGCCAGAGGAGGUCGCUCUGGAGGAGGACCCCCAAACGGACGAGGGGGCCCUGGUGGGGGCAUGGGUGGAGGACACCGUCCCCACGAAGGCCCUGGUGGGGGCAUGGGCAGUGGCAGUGGCCAUCGUCCUCAUGAAGGUCCUGGUGGGAGCAUGGGUGGAAAUGGUGGACAUCGCCCCCAUGAAGGUCCUGGACAUGGGGGACCCCAUGGCCACCGGCCUCAUGAUGUCCCUGGUCACCGAGGCCAUGAUCAUCGAGGACCACCUCCUCAUGAGCACCGUGGCCAUAAUGGCCCUGGUCACGGAGGAGGGGGCCACCGAGGGCACGAUGGAGGCCACAGCCAUGGAGGAGACAUGUCCAACCGCCCCGUUUGCCGACACUUUAUGAUGAAGGGCAACUGCCGCUAUGAGGACAGCUGUGCCUUCUACCACCCGGGGGUCAAUGGGCCCCCCCUGCCCUAAGGACCCCGCCUGCCCCCCACACUUAUGGCUUCUGUGAGGCCCGUUUGUCCCUUCCCCAGCUGAGGAGGAGCCGGCCUCCUCAGUCCCCACUGCUCUGCCCUGGGGAUUCUGAUCACUGGUGCGCCCCAUGUACACGCUCCUCCAGGCGGGAGGACCAGCCCCGCUCUGCCCUGCCUGCCAAGAGGAGGCUCGGAGACACGGCUGGCUCCACUUUCUGAGGAGACUUGCCCUGGAACCCAAGCUCCUUCCCAGUGUUCCUGCUGAUGCCCGAGGGCACCUCACCUGUGCCGGUCCUCCCGUGCACGGAGCCUGAUGUGGGAUCAGCUGCCCUCCCAAACCAUCCCAGCCAAGACCACCAUUCCUUGGGCGGGAGACGGUAAAGGGGAUAUCGGACAUCCCACUACACGGAGGGCUCCCUGCACGCUGGCUGGACACGUCCUGAGCCCUUCUCAACGAGUCAGACUGGGCAGCCUUCUGUGAACGCGGCGGCCGGCUGGUGGCGGUCUGCCCUGCACACGGCUCGUGCUGGAAGCAGACGUUCAGGGAGGCCCGCUGUGCAUGAACCAGCCCAGCUCGCCGGGCCUGACCGGCACACGACGUGCACCGCCUGGGAGUUGGCACGCUUCCUGUCCCCGCCUGGAACCUUGGAGUGAGGCCGCCUCGGAGUCCCCACCGGGCACCGUCCUGGGUGCAUUCAACAACCCUGGCCCUUACGCAGCCCUCUUUCUUUCACCCGUCUCGUAUCAGUUGUUUUCUAUGAAAACAGUGGAUUGAUUGGGUUUUGUGCAAGGUCUUGGGUUAGAGCCACGAUGGAUUUGAGGAUGAGUAUUUUUUCUUUUGGUUUUGUAUAUUUUGUACAUUAAUAAUAAACAGUGGAGAGAGAAGCAGCUUAUUUAA